GAUUGGGGCUUUCAGGGAGGUGUUAACAGAUUGUAAUUUGCGAGAUUUGAGAUUUAGAAUUCCCAAAUUUACCUGGUGGAAUGUAAGGGAAGGUGUUGAUAAUAUUUCGGAGCAUCUUGAUAGGUAUUUGGGGAAUACUCUUUUCUGUUGUUUGUUCCCGCAAGCUGUGGUUUUGCAUGGAAUUGUUGCAUACUCAGAUCAUUGGCCUGUGAUGUUUGAAUCUUUAGGUUGUAGGGAUAGGCCACUUAUGAAGAAACAAUUUCGUUUUGAGGCCAUGUGAGUGGGAGAAGAGAGGUGUGAACAAAUUAUAGACCAUGUUUAGAGCAACAAGGGUACUAGUUUUGGGAUGGAGGAGGUUCUUAAUCUUAUUAAGGGCUGUGGCGAAGAGUUGACAAGCUGGAAUAGAGUCUCUUUUGGCCAGGUUAGGAGGAAACUAAAUGAAGCCUGUAAUGAGCUUGAGAAAUUGCAAUUCCUUAACUCUUUUCAUCCAGUUCCUGGUGGUCUUAGUAUGGCUAGAAAGGAAGUUCAGUUGUGGCUUGAAAGAGAAGAGGUUAUGUGGCGUCAAAGAUCUUGUGUGCAGUGGUUAAAAGAAGGGGAUCAGAAUACUUGAGAUUUUCAUUCAAAGGCAUCUUUCAGGAAGCGUAGGAAUGUUAUAAGGGGUCUUAAGGAUGAUUGUGGAACAUGGCAUGAGGAUGGACAACGGGAUAAGCUGGUUGUUGAUUAUUUCAAGAACCUCUUUACUACUUCGGCAUCAGGGAAUUAAGAGGUUGUGUUGAGUCUUGUUGAUAGAAGAGUAACGGUAGAAAUGAAUGUUGAGCUAACAAAGCCGUUUGUAGCGGCUGAAGUAACAGUAGCUUUGAAUCAAAUGCACCCUACCAAGGCACCAGGGCCAGAUGGCAUGUCUGCUUUGUUUUUCCAAUCCUACUGGCACAUUGUAGGAGAUUCCAUCAUAACUGCUGUGUUAGACUUGCUUAACACUGGUUUAAUAGCCUUAUUGAGGGAAGCUGAGGUGAAGAGGAAUCUGAUUGGAGUUAAAGUCUGUAAAGGGGCACCAAUGGUUACUCAUCUCCUCUUUGCCGAUGAUAGUAUUCUCUCCUGUUGUGCCGAUGUUGCCACAUCCAGUUUUAUUCAGGGUCUUUUGGAUAAAUAUGAAUUAGCUUUAGGACAAAUGAUAAACAAAAGCAAAACAGCCAUGGUUUUCUCUAAGAAUGUGGAUGCUAUUAAACAACGUGAGUUGUUGCAGUUAUGGGGAGUGCACACUUUCCAGCAGUAUGAUAGAUAUCUGAGUUUGCCAAAUUUUCUAGGAAGAUCUAAAGCCCAAACUUUUGAAGGGAUUAAGACUAGGGUGUGGACUAACUUGCAAAGUUGGAAAGGCAAACUUCUUUCUCAAAGGGGUAGUGAAAUCCUUAUAAAAGCAAUGGCUUUGUCCAUACCCUCCUAUUCAAUGAGUUGUUUUAAAUUACCGUUGACUUUAUGCCGGGAGCUUGAGAUGAUGAUGGCAAGACUUUGGAGGGGUCAAAGGAAUGAUGAGAGGAAAAUCCAUUGGUUGAGUUGGAAGAAGUUGUGUGUUUCAAAAUUUAGAGGUGGAAUGGGAUUUAAGGAUUUACACAUGUUUAAUAUGUCUCUUUUGGCGAAACAGGGAUGGCGGUUGCUACAAAACGAAAAUUCACUAUUGCACAGAAUUUUUAAGGCCAAAUAUUACCCAAAUUGUACUUUUUUCCAAGCUUCUUUAGGCUCAAAUCCAUCCUAUGCUUGGAGGGGUAUUUUUUAGGCAAGGAGAUGGCUAUUGGAA